UUGUUUCAGUCUGAAUUGUCACACAAAGCGAGGAAAAUUAGAAAAUGUAAUGCUUCGAAGGUAGUUAUUAUGCAAUUUAUAGUAAGGAAUUGUGCUGGCCACCUUAUUCAAAAUAGGUUUAACUCACCACAAAAUGGCCGUCCGAGUAGCUCAAUUUGUUGUUGCAACUCACCAAAGAACUGUCUCGGUACGCACAAAUGACGAAAGUAGCUCAAUAUGUUCCAUUUCUGAAUCAGAGUGAACGAAAGGAAAAAAUUUGUAGAAACGUUCAAAGGCGCUGUCCGCAAAUUCGUGUAAUUUCUUACAUUUAUAGUACCUAAGUUAAAUAAAAUCGCAAAACUAGUUGCUUGAUGUAUUUUCCUAAACAUAUUUGGUGAAAUUUGUUAAAUUUUUCCAUAAUAUCGCCUCUGAAAGCGAAUUGAAAAAGCUAUAAAUUGUGCUAACGCGGAGAAAAAUGCGAAGAAAUUUUAACGGGAAGAAAAAGGUGUCCAGAGUUGCUCGGUCUACUUCGCAGCAUUGUUGCUGUCGUUAGCGACGUCGGUAGCAGAGGUUGUGUCUUUCGAUUUUGUCGAGAGUGUAAAGGAUUUUGUGAAAAUAUAAAAUAUUGAAAUUUAUAAAAUUAUUUGACGGCUGUUAAAAUAAUAUAAUUCAAUAGCUGUGUCUCAAGUAAAUAAAACAAAAUUUGUAUUAAAACAUACAACCAUAAAGGUGUGGAAUCAAAAACUUUUGCUUGAUAUCAAAAAUGAAUUAAUGUCGCCAGUAGCGCCGUUUCAACGUUUCGCUCAGGCGUUUUGACAUUUGAUGACAUUUGCGCAGCAGAAGCGAGCGGUUGAGUAUUUGCUCAAAGUGUGUAGUGGUUGAAGUGAAGCGCCCAACGAGGAAUCGGCGAAAAGGAGAAAAUCAAUCGUUUUCAUUGGCAAACAGGUAUUGAAUCGAAAAACGUCAAAAGUAAAGAAGACAAUACUACUAGUUAUAUUAUAAUUUAACAAAAUUGUAUUUUAGCCUUUAGUUUGCACUGAUUUAUUUAGAAACUAGUAUUAACAACAGUCGGCUAAUUUUUUUUACAAUUGAGAGUAGAUAAAUUAGUGAAAAAAUGAAUUAUAAAUCUUUGGAAGACGGGAUAGAUGAAAUAGAAACAAAGAUGUAAUAGUCCAACUGAAUGAUGAGUCUGAUAAUGAAUUGUUUGUUAACAUAUGUAUGUUUUAUACAUAUGUAAAUGUACAAUAUUCUCUAUGCAUGAAAUCCUUGUAUAUUUCCCAAAACCGCUACACUGAUUUUAGACUGAACUAAUUAUUUGAUUAAAUUUAGUUAAAAUUGUUUUAUAUGUUUACAAUCAUAUAAGUUUCAGUUAAUUUCCCAUUAAUUAAGCAAAGCACUUGCUUCUCAAUAGAAUAAUAUAAUAUAAGGCAGUAAAAUUUUUUGGAGAAGUGUGAUGAAAUAAGCUAAUAUAACGAUGUAAAAAAUUUAUUUAAGUAUAUACCUACCAAACAGAAUGAGUUAUGCAAUGAUUUCAGAUGAUAGAUGAUUCUCUUGUGAUGUUAAGUGUUCAUUUCUCAUAUACUACCAUAUUUAAGUUGACUUGGUAAUUGACACAAUUUUUUAUAAUAAGAUAGUCAAUAUAGACUGUUGCAAUUACAGAUUUAAUGUUUGAAUAUAUUUAACAUAACUGUAAAAGUAAGCUGGAUUCUUAUAAUAAUACACAUAUGUUUUCAUAAACAUUGUAUUUAGGCCAAAAACUAAAAUACUUACCAAGUCAAGUUUUUUCAGAUAGUCAAUACUUUGAACAUAUUUUUUUUUAAAAAGCAUAAUAGCAGAGAUAUUUUUUUUAAGAUUUCGAUCAUUUAGUAUUUUUAGUAAUUGUUAAAAACGUUAAACCAAACACCUAAGAUUAAGUCUAACGUUAUGAAAGGAAAUUAAUUUUUGGAGAUUUUCCCUAUGAGUUUUUCUUAUCAUGCUGCGUAUUUCAUAAAAAAAAAAAUUUUUUUAAAUAAAGCAUUUUGCACUGAGCUGCGCCGACAGAUGGAAGAGGACAAAGCAAUGUUACAAUAUGGAACGAGCAAAACGGAGGAAAAGCGAGUAAAAUCGAAAAUAACGAAUAAGGGAAUGCUAGUACAGAAAUAUAUCCUUUAUUUACGUGUGUACAUUACUAGCAAGGAAAAAAUCAAUCAAACUUUAAAAUAGUGAUUACAUAUUACAACAAAGUAAUAUAUUUUCUAUAGGCAACGUAAUUUAAACGAAGUUUUUGUUAACACUUGUGGAUGAUUAUAACAAAAUUCUGACUUCUGCUGUUUCAGAGAAAUAUCAAAUAGUAAUCUGGCAGCAUUAGUUGUAAGCAAUAUCAAGCGAGUCGAAAAGGGAAUUGAAACAAAUUUUUUAGUUAGCGUUUUUAUAUAUUGUGUAUGAGAGAAAGAAUUAGACGAACGAGCGAAAAGGCAUAACACAUGUGCAGAACGAAAAAAUUAAUUUGGUUCCUCAAUCGUUGUCGUCAUUGUCGGUAAAACAGUGAAAAGUAAAUCUCUUUUCACGUAUAAUAGAGAAAAUGUCAUUCCAGAGGCCGAGCAAAAUGAAAAAAGGCUUUGUAGCAAUGCAUAUACAAAAACUGAAGUUCAACCAGCUUUAACAAAAACGUAAUAAUUUGUUGGUCUAAAAAGAAGUGAACUGCAUUGUGAUGUACUGUCGUAAUGGUUUCCCUUGCCCUAUUUAGCUGAAAAGUGUAACAAUAUCUUACGCUAUUCCGAUAUUAUAAUGCGUACAAUGUCAACAAUGAAGUUGUGUUGACAUUGUGAGUUAAGAAUUAGAAAAUCUCAAAAAGGACACACGGACGGUUAAAGUUUUAACUACCAAGUAAUCGUGUGUGUCCAAGCAGUUACCGAAUUGGCGAACAAUUCUUCAUAUAAUAAACAAAAAACACAUUACUUAAACAAUACAAUAAUAAUUUAGUAUAAAGCUUCAAUAGAACUGCAUUCAAUGUGCCAUUUCAUCCGGAGAUAAGGUUCGCACUAUUUCCCACAUUUAAUAUUUAUUUAUAUAUUUAACAUAGAUGCUUAAGUAAAGUAUUACAUACCAAAAAAAGAAAAGAAAAGGAUACGCAACAGAAGAAUUCCCUCCACUUACUCGCGUCAAACAACAAAACUAUUACAAACGCAGUUAUCUAAAUAAUUGCAUUCACACCACUUAAAGAUAAUCUCUGCUUACCUUAUUUAUUCAUAACUAAAGGUUACAGUUUUUGCAUACAAUAAUCAAAGUCGGUCAUAAAUUACUCUCCAGAACUCGAAUUUAUAAGUUUGCAAAUUUGAGAACGUUAAAUACAAAAGUCAACGAAUGAUAGUUCAUCUAAAAGAAUUGGUGGUGAUUAUUGGAUAGCUAUAUGCUUGUAAAGCCACGACAUUAACAUCAUAAAGCACGUAAAAGCAGCAGCAAAGCAGUAAAAGCAGGAAGAAUAACUGGAAAUCCAUACAAGGCAAGAAAAUGUCAUCGGGAACAUUUGUUGAUCGAAUUGAUCCAUUCGCUAAACGCUCACUGAAGAAGAAAAGUAAAAAAAGUCAGGGUUCCUCACGUUAUAGAAAUUCUCAGGAUGUGGAGCUUCAACAAUUGCCGCCGUUAAAAGCUGAUUGCUCGAGUUUGGAACAGGAAGAAUUAUUCAUUCGUAAAUUACGUCAGUGCUGUGUAUCUUUUGAUUUUAUGGAUCCAGUAACGGAUUUAAAAGGGAAAGAAAUAAAGAGAGCUGCUUUAAAUGACCUCUCCAAUUAUAUAACACAUGGCAGGGGAGUGCUCACGGAACCUGUGUACCCAGAAAUUAUACGAAUGAUUUCUUGUAAUUUGUUCCGCACACUGCCUCCCAGUGAAAACCCAGAUUUUGAUCCCGAAGAAGAUGAUCCGACAUUAGAAGCUUCAUGGCCACAUUUGCAGUUAGUUUAUGAAGUAUUCCUGCGUUUUUUGGAAUCACAGGACUUUCAAGCGACCAUAGGCAAACGUGUAAUUGACCAGAAGUUCGUUUUACAGCUUUUGGAGCUCUUCGAUUCUGAGGAUCCACGUGAACGUGAUUUUUUGAAAACUGUUUUACAUCGCAUCUAUGGAAAAUUCUUAGGAUUACGCGCUUUUAUACGAAAACAAAUUAAUAAUAUUUUUUUGCGUUUUAUUUACGAAACAGAGCAUUUUAAUGGCGUCGGCGAAUUACUAGAAAUAUUGGGCAGUAUCAUUAAUGGUUUUGCCUUGCCUCUGAAGGCCGAACAUAAGCAGUUUCUUGUGAAGGUGCUAUUGCCUCUGCACAAAGUGAAAUGCCUUGGGUUGUAUCACGCUCAACUGGCUUAUUGCAUCGUUCAGUUUCUAGAAAAGGACCCAUACCUGACUGAGCCGGUGGUUCGAGGAUUAUUAAAAUUUUGGCCGAAAACAUGCUCACAAAAAGAGGUUAUGUUUUUGGGAGAAAUCGAGGAAAUUUUGGAUGUCAUUGAUCCUCCACAAUUUGUAAAAAUACAGGAACCAUUGUUCCGUCAGAUCGCCAAAUGUGUGUCAAGUCCGCAUUUUCAAGUUGCCGAGCGUGCACUUUUCUUAUGGAAUAAUGAAUAUGCAAUGUCGUUGAUAGAAGAGAACAACGCCGUCAUUAUGCCGAUUAUGUUUCCGGCACUGUAUAGAAUUAGUAAAGAACAUUGGAAUCAGACGAUCGUUGCAUUGGUUUACAACGUGCUAAAGACAUUUAUGGAAAUGAACUCCAAGCUUUUUGAUGAACUAACCGCUAGCUAUAAAGCUGAGCGACAAAAAGAAAAGAAGCGCGAGCGGGAUCGUGAAGAAUUAUGGAAAAAAUUACAUGAACUUGAAAUAAAUCGUGCAAAGAGCGGCAGUGCCGCCGGUACGUCAACGGCUAAUUCGGUGCUAGGAGCUGGUGUUAGUGGCGGCAGUGCCGCCGGCUCACAGCAAAAUAUCAACUCUUAUCAACAACAAUCGAAUGCUAACAUUGUAAACAGUGGAAGCAGUGGUGGCUCUGGUGACAACAAUCCUGCCUUACUUAGCGGCGGUGCACAAAGCGGCGGAACCUCAGGAAACGCCAGUGGUACGACCGCGUUUGCCAAAGUAAAAGGCGACAAAGCAGAUAACUAAAUAUGAGGCGAUCACUGAAAUGGAUACAGAAAAAAACAAUUCAAAAGUAAAGCUAAUAAACUUAAUAAUAUAACUUAGCGCAGUUCAAACACGAAAGGAAAUAUUGAAGUUGUAAGUCAAAAAGGAGCUCGGCAUUUUUUGUGCAUCUAUAACUUAGUGUAAGCCACAAAAAAGGAGAAUAUUAUUAAGUAAACUUGAAGUCCCUAUCGAAAAAUAUAAACAAAAAAGCAAAAAUAUAACAAAAGCACUACACCAACAUGAUCAAAUGAUAGCGUUUUCUCUAUCAUGAUGUGACCGGCAUCAUUACAAUAAGAUCAGAACUAGAAGUAGAAGCUAAAUGUUGAUAAUAGACGCAGAUGCCGGGAGUUAAGGAGUUAAUAAUGUACACCAUAAUGUGAAUAAAAAGCAGAACACUUACAACUGGGAUCGUGGUAUUACAUAAACAAAAGGAAAGCGUAUAAAAGCAUAAUUAAUAUUAUAUUAUGAAUAUACCUAUUAUUUUACGAAAAAAAAAGAAAUACGAAAUAAAAUAAUUAAUACAAGUACAUAAGGAUGAUGAAAAUGCUAAUAAAAAAUAGUGAAGAAAUGCUAGAAAUUGUAAUCUAACUGUAGAUCAAUACGUCUUUCUCCUAAAUAAUACUUAUUCUAUACAAUUAACGUAAAUGCUUCGUGCUAUUCAUUAUAUUUCUACUAUCUGGCUAGUUAGAUGAAAAUGCCACUUGAGCGAACUGCAAUUCAUAUGAUUUUUCACAACAAACUUUUCGUUUAAACUAAUCAAUUUCUGUAGGUUUCAAAAGUAAAAUAAAACGUAAAUAUUCUUUAUAUGUAGGUUGAGUAGUAAUAACCAUUGUCUUUCUUUAUGAUUUGUUUAAGAGUAAAUCUUAAUUUCCUCAACGGUUUCUGUGCAAAUUCGUAUAUUGCUUGGAUAUAUUCGUAUGUGUAAACUUAAGUUCUUUAACAAUAAAUUCUAGGAAUAUUUAUUAAGUCAAAAAAUGGGAUAUUUUUUAUUGAAACAGUCAUAACAAUCAACACGCAUUAAUUUAAAAGAGAAAUAACAAAUUAAAUGCGUAUUUAACAGUUUAAAAUUAAUUGAACGAAGAAAUUGUGUAAAAACUCAAUAAAAGUAUUAAAAAACGAUUGUUAUUGCGAAAAUUCAUAAAAGCAAGCACAUAAAAUUAACGCAUACAAAUUCAGAUCGUGAUAUUAUGUGAAAGAGAUUCCAGUUGCGAACGACUGCUAGAAAACACCGUAUAACAAAUUCCAUGUGCGAAAAAAGCUUACACAAUUGAAAAAUAACAAUAAAGAUAUAUACUCUAUACACACAUAUGCGAAGAAACAAUGUCUACUUGACAGUUGAUAUUGUGUGUACGAGUACAAUAGAUUUGGUAAGGCCUAAUGUAAAACUUAUCUGUAUGUCAAAAUGAAAAUAAUUACAAAAAUAUAUAAUGCUAUAUUUCUCACAUUCAUA